GAACUCUGCUGUCACCUGUGUAUAUAUCAUAUCUCUUCAAUCAACCGCAUCCCUGUCGUCUUUCGCGUUGUCUAUUUGUACACUUUCAUGAUAUUGACUCUCGCAGUGCCCUGGGUUUAGGAGCGUCCUUCUCAAGACCAUUGCUUUAGGUUAUUGGUUAACCGAAACCUACGCGACCCCUUAUUCCAAGGACACUAUGGACGACGAGACCGCAGAGAUUGAGCUGCUAGAGCAGAAUCUAAACAAGACACGCCAGAUCUCACAACGUAUGACCACCAUACUAUCCAGCUUCGAUACCCGGCUGGUCAAGCUUGAGAAGUCUAUACUACCGCUGUACAACUCGACACAGUUGCUGACGAGGCGCGCUCGAAAUAUCGAGAGCGCAUUGGGGAAGAUAGAUGAGAUUGCCAGCUAUCAGGAAGGAAUUGCUGCGGAAGAGGCACUUGUCCUUCGCGGCCCACAGCCGGGACAGCUGCAUGAGUACAUCGAAGUCGUGCAACGAAUGAAUGCCACCAUCGCGUUUGGCAUGGGCGACACUGGUGCGCGUGAUACGGCCCGGCUAGUCGAGACUGGUGCGAAGAAGGUUCUUCAGCGUUACACCGAACUCGUAGCAGAGGCUUCAUCCGGGACCCCUAUCAAUGGACCAGACUUCGAGCUGAUACCUUUCGACCCGGCCAUGAUUGCUGCCCUCCGGCCUAUCGUCGAUUUUUUGCGCACGCUCCCACUGCCGCGAACGCAUCCGUCUCACCCUGCUGCGCCUGCAAUACAGUCCGCACUUAAAGAAGCACAGAAAGGAUACGGAGACAUGCGCGGCGCAUGGGUCAAGAAAUGUCUCGAGGUGUACGGCAAACGUGCUGUUGAACGCGCCGGGACGAUUGACGCGGUCAAUUCUGGAGAGGAAUUUGGCAGGUUUAUUCAGAAUAUGCUCAAUGUGGCUGAGGACGAGUACGCUGUACUAAAUGAACUUGCUCCGUUGACCGCACCGUCUUUUAUCGCCUCGACGUACACUACGCUAAUCACCCCACUCACGUCUCUCUUCUCGUCUACGUUCUCGUCGCUCAGCGCGUUGAUCAAACGCUCCCUCCACAAAUAUACGAUCUUGGCGCUCUCGGCGUACUCAUGUCUCCUGGAGUAUCAGGAGCAGUGGGAGGACAUUAUGGUGAACAGAUCAAGUCGCAAAGACAGCAACGAUCUGAAAGACAUGCUGCAAGCUAUCCGGGCAUCCUGCCAGAGGAGCUUCCCCGAGUUUCUCGCAGAUAUCAAGAUUGCUGCAUCAAGCAGUCAGGGAGAGCUCAGCACAGGCGUGGUCAGCGUGACCAUGUCGACCGUUGAAUACCUCGAGCGCCUCCCCGAUGUACGAGAAGCCGCAGCGUCUAUGUUGAAGUCGCUUGGUGACGGAAACUGGAAAAUGGGCGAAGGCGCGCAAGUUGGGAAGGCAAAAAGAGACGAUAUCGACGAUAGGACGAUUCUGGAGCAUUUCACAUUCGACGCUGUUAGCAUGAUUGUGAAUACUCUCCAGACGCUAGGCAGAACAAACCGACGGCCAGCGUUUGGCUCCAUCUUCUUGCUCAACAAUAUCUCCUAUCUUCUCACGCGCCUCAUACUCAAGCCAAGAUCCCCUGAAAUCCCCGCACUACUGUCGGACCCUAGCAAGAACAUGCUCCAAUCGAAUUUCCGCACAGCUAAGGCAGCGUACUUCGAUUCCAACUUCUCGCCGCUGCUACAGACACUCGCUGAAGACAAGGACAAGAGCAAGAGCGCAACGAAGGAGAAGUUCACGCGCUUCUUCGACUUGUUCGAGGAGGUCGCUGAGCGGCACACGCUCGCUCGCGUGCUCCAUGACGAUGACGAGAGUCGGGAAACGGUCGCGGAUGAAGCGGUCAAGCUAGUUGUCCCGUCCCUGCAGCGCUUUAUCCAGCGGAACAUGGGCAAAGAUUUCAGCAAGAACCCGAAGAAGUAUAUUAAGAUGUCCGCCGAAGAGGUCGAGUCGCUUAUCAAGAGCUUCUACCUUGAAAGGGACAACAUGCCUCCGCCGGCGGAGCGGGCGACGAACAACCUGUUGAUUCAAGCCGGUUGGAGUCGAUGAUCUGAAUGAUCUUCUGUAAUACUAAGCACGCUAUUUAUACAUAUCAUCAUCUAAGGGAUGAGUAGGAUCAUGAUGAAGUUGGGACAUUGACUAAUGAUGUUUUAUAGUGUUUGUCUCCAGCUGUUUCAUGUAGCCAGUAUUCAUUGCCAUAGUCAAAG